AUGGCUAAGUACAAAAAAGGUAAAGAUGCGAAAUUCGCUGAAACAAUUGAAGAUGAAUGGGAAAGUCAGCAUGUAUGCUUUAGUCUCGAUGACAAACCCUGGAAAAAAGAAGUUGAUAUUCCAGUACAUCAGUCCUUAUUUAAUAUAUCAGAACAGCCAUUUUCAGCAAUCAACGCAUCAUUACUUCCUACAUCAUUCGCAGAAACAUCUCAAAUUUUCGAUGAAUUUGGAUUUCAUAUCGAUGGUGAAUUUGACAUCUAUGAUAAGUCACCAGUUGAAAUUUCACAGGAUCGAAUGCGUUGGUUAGCUCUGCUCACAUUUGCUCACGAGGAUGUGGAAGAAGAAUUAACGUGGUCAAAAGUGUGUGUAGAAAAACUAAACGAAGAAAAAUUGAUGACACUUCUUCAUGAAGUGGGGAUAGCACAUUCUCUUCGACCUUUUUUAUGGCCAAGAUUUUGUGGUGCAACGAAAAAAAAAUCUACAAGUGUUUUUAGUUACAGUGAUGUUGUAAAGCAAUGUGAUAAAGAUAAGCCAUCAAUAGGCGCGCAAAUUGAAAAAGACUUGCCAAGGACUUUGCCCCACAAUAUUUGUUUUUGGCAAGCAAAUAGCAUAGGAAUCGAAAGCUUACGACGGAUUUUGAAAUCAAUCGCUUACAUUUAUCCAGAUGUUGGCUACUGUCAAGGAAUGGGUAUUAUUGCAGCUACCCUACUACUUGUUUGCCCAGAAGAAACAACAUUCUGGAUGAUGGCAACAAUGGUUGAAGAUAUAUUUCCUCCUAAUUACUAUAGUUGCUCGUUAAUUGGCUUACAGGGAGAUGAAAGGGUUUCACGGCAGCUUAUUGGAGUACACUUACCUGAGCUUGAUCGUAUUUUGAAAGAUAAUGACGUAGAAUUAUCACUAAUUACUGUCAACUGGCUGCUAACAGCAUUUGCAUCAGUUUUGCCUAUGCGAGUAUUGCUACGCGUUUGGGACUUACUUUUUGUUAUCGGUGGAGUAACGAUGUUCAGAGUACUAAUCUCCAUUUUAAAGAUUAAAGAAGAAGAACUGAUCGGAUUAAAAUACGAUGAAAAUGCUUCAGCCGCAUUAUUCAAUAUGAUAUCACGAAUUCCAGGCUCAUUAAAAAAUUCGGAACAUUUGAUGGAACUAUGUAGAUCGUUCGAAUUCUCAAUAACUGAAGAAUUGAUCAAGACCGCCCGAAAACGUCAACAAGCGAUUCUUUUAGCAGAUCAAGGACUUAUCAUAAAUACUAAUAGUGAUGCAAAUUUACCUAAGCAACAUAUUAAAAGACGGAAAUUGGCGCGAUCAAAAAAUUUAGUGCAUCAAUUGUUUACCUCAUCCAAGCAGCAGCAGGAUAUGGAAAAUGAUUCGAAAACAAAAAAUAUCCGACUGACUGAGCUUAUAGUUGAUUUACGAGAUGCCAUAUUGCACAUAUGUAAAUAUUUCAUUGAAUGUGACGAAUCAUUUGAAGGUGUUGUGAAUUUACAGGCAGAUUAUUUGAAAGAAGGUCAAGAAUGUGAAAAGGAAGAAUUUUUAAAUUGUCGACGUCGUGGAUAUCGUCGUGCUAGAGCGCUGCUUGAUUUUCAACGACAAGAUGAAGACGAACUUGGAUUCAAAAAAAAUGAUAUAAUAACAGUUAUUUGUGAAAAAGAUGAACAUUGUUGGGUUGGUGAAGUGAACGGACUGAGAGGAUGGUUUCCUGCAAAGUUUGUUAAGAUAGUUGAUGAUCGUGGAUGUGACUAUACAGUAUAUGGUGAUGAAGCAGUGUGUCCUGAAAUAACUGAUAAAGUUCGUGGACGUUUGGCUUUAGCAUUAAAACUUGUUCUUGAGCAUGGCUUGCGAAAAUCAGGAGUACUUAAUUUUGCGUCACAUCCAUGGCUUUUUAUUGAGGAAAUUUCUCAAAGUUUUGUACAAAAACAUGCAGUCUACUCACAUUUGGUACUUUGUACAACCUUCAGCUUGGAUCAAGACGAAAAAAUACUAACACCGCAAGAACUGUUAUUUCGAGCUGUAAAGUUAAUUAAUGAAUCGCAUAAUGCGGUCGGAGCUGAAAUGGAUGUAAAAUUUCGUUCAUUAAUUGCUGUAGCAGUUAGUGAACAAUGUCUUCAUUUAUGGUUUGAUUUACUGUGUAGUAGUCGUAAGGAUGAUCAUAUUCGAAUCAAGUAUUAUCAUUCAUGGUCAUUCAUACGAUCGCCGAUAUGGAAACAGAUAAAGAGCGAACUACGACUUCUAGCUCAGUUUGCUUUCAAUCUAAAUGCCGAUUAUGAAGUUGCUGAUAUAGUAAGAAAGCAGAAGAAACAUUUAAGCUUGAAUGAUACACUGAAAAAAAAGGAUUGCUUGAAUAUAUCAUCAGGCAGCACUCAAAGUUCAUUUAAUCAACCGCUGAAGGAAGGUGUGCGAGAUAUGCUCAUCAAGCAUCAUCUUUUUAGUUGGGACUUGUAA